AUGAGCAUCCAAAACAUUGUUGUGGCAGUACUUUUUCUGCUUUCUUUACAUGUUCAGCUAUACAAUGCUAGUAGGAUGUUACCUGAAGAGUUGAAUAAGGACCUUUCAUUGCAGUCUCUCCAGAGGGGUCCUGUCCCCCCUUCUGAGGGCUCAGGAUGCACCAACAUUCCCGGCAUGGGCGGACCGAGUUGUCCACUAUUCAACGAAAUGCACUACGCCGGCAACGAUUUGCCUCGUGAUACUGCUUUCCCACGUCUUACGGUUCGGUUUGGUGUGGCUACUGUUCAAAAAACUUUGGAACUUGAAGCUCAGGGUUUCUUUGUACCUGUUGAAGUUGUUUGGAAGGAUCAGCGAUGGUAG